UAUGACCUCAUUCUUAUACAGGAACCUUGCCUACCGAACGUAAACGGCUUACGACUUACACGAGCGACGCCAGACUGGCGAGUCAUAUACCCAUCAUGCCACCAUGACACCACUCGGCGAACCCGCUCUGUCAUCCUUGUCAAUCGCAAGGUUGCGACUGACGCUUGGACAAGCAUCCCCACCGACAACCCAGAUGUAACUGCGAUAACCCUCGACACGUCGAAAGGUAAAGUCCAUAUUUUCAAUGUAUAC